GCGGUCGUGCUGACGUCAUUACAAGGCGCAGGCUCGGGUCCUGUUUGUGCCACCGUCGUUGCGCGUGUGUCUCACGGUCAGUCGACCUGCCUUGUUCUGCUCGUAGCUCCCUGUCUGUCACCAUGUCCCGUUGUCUUGCGCUGGCUCGGUUCGCUCUCGCUUCCUCUCAGCGGGCCAACUCACGGCUGAUGUCAUGUGCACGAGGACUGAGCAGCCGGACUGUCUCGCGCUCCGUCACUGGGGACUUGCAGGUUGGGCAGCAGCAGAGGUGGAGCAGCCGGCCCACGGUGUGGAGCUCCCAGCGGCCGUGCCUCGGCUUCAGCCAGCAGUCUUACUACAGCACCCAGGAGGCGGAGAAAGAACCUGAAGAGGAGCCUCUGCACAACAUCAUCAGUGACACAGAGUCUGUGCAAGGUAGUUUGUCCAAGCAUGAAUUCCAGGCUGAGACAAAGAAACUGCUGGACAUUGUUGCGAGGUCCUUGUACUCAGAGAAAGAGGUGUUCAUCAGGGAGCUGAUCUCCAACGGCAGUGACGCUCUGGAAAAACUGCGUCACAAACUGAUCACAGCAGGUGGGGAAACGGCUCAGAUGGAGAUCCACCUGCAGACUGAUGGCGCCAAGGGCACCUUCACCAUUCAGGACACAGGGGUCGGGAUGAACCAGGAGGAGCUGGUGGCCAACCUGGGGACUAUCGCCCGCUCCGGUUCAAAGGCGUUUCUGGACGCCCUGCAGAACCAGGCGGAGGCCAGCAGUACAAUCAUUGGUCAGUUCGGGGUGGGAUUCUACUCCGCCUUUAUGGUUUCCGACCGUGUCGACGUCUACUCCCGCUCCGCUGAGCCCGGCGCACCCGGAUACAAGUGGUCCUCAGACGGCUCCGGCGUGUUCGAGAUCGCCGAAGCCACCGGCGUUCAGCAGGGAACAAAGAUCGUGUUGCACCUCAAGGACGACUGCAAAGAAUUUUCCUCUGAGGACAGAGUUAAAGAGGUUGUAACGAAGUACAGCAACUUCGUCAGCUUCCCCAUCUUCCUGAACGGACGGAGGCUCAACACUCUGCAGGCCUUGUGGAUGAUGGAGCCUAAGGAGAUCAGUGACUGGCAGCACGAAGAGUUUUACCGCUACGUCGCCCAGUCCUACGACAAGCCCCGCUACACGCUUCACUACCGCGCCGACGCCCCGCUCAACAUCCGAAGCAUCUUUUACGUCCCUGACGCGAAGCCGAGCAUGUUCGAUGUGAGCAGGGAGAUGGGCUCCAGCGUGGCUCUGUACAGCAGGAAGGUCCUGAUCCAGACCAAAGCGACUGACAUUCUGCCCAAGUGGCUGCGCUUCCUUCGAGGUGUGGUGGACAGCGAGGACAUCCCAUUGAAUCUGAGCAGAGAGCUGCUGCAGGAGAGCGUCCUCAUCAGGAAGCUCCGUGACGUUUUGCAGCAGAGGGUGAUCCGCUUCCUGCUGGACCAGAGCAAGAAGGACCCCGAGAAGUACAGCAAGUUCUUUGAGGACUACGGCCUCUUCAUGAGGGAGGGCAUCGUCACCACCCAGGAACAAGAUGUCAAGGAGGAUAUUGCAAAGCUGCUGAGGUUCGAGUCCUCUGCUCUGCCGGUUGGCCAGCAGACCAGCCUGAUGGAGUACGCCUCCCGCAUGAAGGCCGGAACACGCAACAUCUACUACCUGUGCGCCCCCAAUCGCCAUCUGGCAGAGCACUCCCCCUACUAUGAGGCCAUGAAACAGAAAGACAUGGAGGUGCUGUUCUGCUACGAGCAGUUCGAUGAGCUCACCCUGCUCCACCUCCGUGAGUUUGACAAGAAGAAGCUGAUCUCAGUUGAGACCGACAUCGUGGUGGAUCACUACAAGGAGGAGAAGUUUGAAGACAGCAAGCCCGCCUCGGAGCGUCUGACACAGGAGCAGGCCGACGACCUUAUAUCCUGGAUGAAGAAUGCUUUGGGCCCCCGAGUCGCCAACAUUAAGCUGACUCCUCGGCUGGACACCCACCCAGCUAUGAUCACAGUGCUGGAGAUGGGUGCUGCACGCCACUUCCUGCGCACCCAGCAGCUGGCCCGCACCGCUGAGGAGAGAGCUCAGAUACUGCAGCCCACACUGGAGAUCAAUGCAGGACACGAUCUGAUCAAGAAGCUACAGGCACUGAAGGACUCAAACUCUGAACUGGCUGGACUGCUGCUGGAGCAGAUCUAUGACAACGCCAUGAUUGCAGCGGGCCUCAACGACGAUCCCCGCCCGAUGAUUUCCCGUCUGAACGAUCUGCUGACUAAAGCUCUGGAGAAGCACUGAGAGUCCCUCGCGGACAUGAACGUUGCAGACUGAGUCACAGUGGGCCUAUAGACUGAAGCUGAAGGGCCUACAGAGGUGGAGAUCUGCAGUUUGGGAACAGAAGGACAGGUCUUUGUUCAUCUGAAGCCAUAAAAUCACACGUCUUUCCCUCUCUGAACUACUUCAUUCCCCCUCAUGGAGAGCACACAAAGAUUUAAGAAACUCAGAUGGACUGAGGACUGCUGGAAGCUUCUCUGUAAACUCUUUUUGUUGAGCUGUGUUUCAAAUGGUGUCGAUACUCCGAGAAUGUGUGCCAUUAAGAUGGCGGUCAUUGAGGUUGUGGCUGACUUUCACGCUUUUUCAUGUAAAAGUUCCCCAUCUUGUUUUCAAGACCACACAAAAAAAAAUACACUUUCAGGCUCAAUGUCAUCCACAUCGGUGAAUAAUCUGAAUGUGAAACCAGCCACAAACGAAGAGGAACAACAGGAAAAAGUGAGUGAGAAGCAUAAAAAAAAUAUGGCCAAAAUGUUCUCAAAUACCAAGUGUAACCACAGCUAAAGACACAUGAAGUCUUGUCUAAAGUGUGCUUUAGAUCUUUGAAAUGGACUGAAGAGACAGAUCACAGUUCAGUUAGACUAAAAGGCCUCGGUGCUUAAAGAGGGAUUUUAUGUUCCACCUUCUGUUUGUAAUUUCCCUUCAGAAUUUCUCAUCUUUUCAUCCACAUUAUUUUUAUAGUUUAUAAGAAACUGAAAAUCUGGACUGUGGGUCAAAUCAGAAAAACUGUUUCAUUAUUUGUAUCCUGUAGAUGCUGCAAACAUAACUUGUCAACUAUCAUAUGUGAAUUCUCAACAGGUUUCUUUGGUAUUAAAGUAGCAGGUAACCUAAAACGCAUCCAAAAUACUGCAUAAGCA